AUGCCUUUCGGUCGCCUACAAAAACCAAACAACCGAUCUCAACACAACAUACCUGUUGAAUCGGCUGGUCCUGCUGCUGGUCCUCAGAGCACUGCUGGUCCGGGUUCUCAGAGCAUCGGCGCCAUUGGCAUUUCCUCAUCGGGCCCUGCUGGCGCACACAGUCAGGCUCAACCUCCACCGCCGCCUGGCUCUGGCCCUGGCCCUGGUCAUCCUCUUACACCAUUCCAGGGUCCCUCCUCCUCCUCUGCUGCUCCAUCCUCAGCCUUGGGCCAAGGCCCCGCCAACCUACCUCUAACCACCAACGAAUCCUUUGUUCAGGAUCUACGAGUUGUCUCACAGAACCAGCAACACCCACCGCCUCACCUCUACGCGUCUGCCUCAUCCCCUUCCUCGAUUGAUUUGGACCUCAGCGCACAGGGCCUCAACAGUCAGCAGCAGCAGCAGCAGCACCACCACCACCACCACCAACACCAACACCUCCACGCCCAGCUGCAUCAGCUGCAACCCCUCAACACUAGCACCUCUGCCGAGGCCAAGGUCCGCCGGGCUGCGUCCGAUUUUGUCGACGCCGUCGCCAGGUCGCAGUCCCACAGAUACAACCAGGUCUCUACCCCCAUCCAGAUCAAUCCCUCCUACGGUACCAGUUACACGGAUCUCUCCAAGACACUGCAGGCCGAUCCACAGAGUCAGCACCCUUUUGCUUACCAGCAGCAACAGCAGCAACAGCAGCAACAUCAACAACCACCACAACAGGUCGCCCCAGAACAGCACCACCAGGUCGCCGCCCCCGUGGAACCUCGACGAUCCACACGGCGUCUCAUCCGAACUAUUCUGACCGGCGCUCCGAAGUCUGAACAGAACCGCUCCGACCCCUCCCACAACAGUUACUACGACAACACCUCGGGUCCUGGCCGCCGCAGCUCCAAGCGCCUAAGCAACCCCAACCCGCCCGUCUUACGGACCGGCCCGUCUCAAGUCUCUCUGGAACAACAGCCUCUAGACUGGCAGUCACAGGGUCCCCCAUCUCAGCCGUCACCGUCGCAGAGCAUCGCCCACGAGUUUCAGCAACCCACCCUCCGUCGCGUUCCUACCAACCAAGACCAAUCUCCCUUCUCCGAGGCCGACGAGGCCGCGUUUCAGCAGCAGCAGCAGGCCCAGAUACACGUCCAAACCCAGCUGACACCCGACCACCAGCAGCACCUGGGCCAGGUAGCCUUCGACCCCGCCACGCGACAGUACCAGUUCAUUGCCCACUCGCCACACCACUCCCCCCAGGCCCCUCAACAGUCCGAAGGGAACCCGCUCGCAUACCCAGGGCAUCUCGGGACCGAACACAUCCAGAACAUCGAGACAAUAUCGCAGGUGUCGCAUGAGUCCCCCGUUACUGAAGGCGAGCUACAACCCUCCUCCAGCGCUCCAUCUACGGCCGUUUCACCCGGCACGCGAUACUCAACACAACAGGACUUCCCCUCACGCACCUCGUCUUUGCAACCACACCAGGGACAGGCGUCGCAAGCCCAGCAACAGCAACAGCAGCCGCCACAGGAGGAUACAGAUAAUAUGGCCCCACCGCCAGGAGGAGGACCACCACAGGCGAGACGACAACAACAAGACACCGAGAAGAGUUCGAGGGGGGACCUGCAACCAGGGGCGCCGCCUGGGUACAGACACAGCCAGCAGCAAUCCAACAGCAUGAACCCCAUGCCGCCAGGGCCUCCGGGCGGGGCUGGCCAGAAUAACUUCAGAACGAGCACGAUACAGGAGAGGGCGCCGCCAGCACAAUUCGAUGGUGCGGCAGAACAUGGUCGUAACAGCCCGCAGCCGACAGAAGACUCAGAUAAGGCUUUCAAAGAGUUGCUGCAAAAAUACAAGAACGUCAAACGACUGUACUUUGACGGCAAAACCCAGAUCGAGUCGCUGAACGGGCAGGUCGAGCAGCUCCAAAAUGCCGUCGCCAACCAGAGGAUAUCACAGUCACGCACCGCGCUGGAUGACAACGAGUACUCGACACGCUUCAACAGGCUGAACGGUGCAAUUAACAAUUUGUCGUUUAACAUCCGCAAGGACUGGACGUCGCUACCAGAAUGGCUGAGCAAGUAUGUCAGUGCUGAUGCGCUCAAGACGGGCAAGCAGGAGAUGACAGCAGUCGGCCGGGCCGUGAUCACGAGGUGGCUCGUUGAGAAAAUCUUCUACGGCUGCUUUCACCCUGGUCUCGAUCCGGAGCUCAGCAGGUCGCUGAAGAAGGUCGAACAGAACAUCCGGCGGUUCAGCUACACCAUGACCAGCCAGGAGGAGUUCGACGCCCUGACGUCAAAGGUGCUGAGCUGGCGAAUGACGACGCUCGAGGGCCUGCAGGACGUGCUGCAGUCUGCAGACAGCGCGAACUACCGCCAGGAGUUCAUCCGCGACGCCACCGCGUCCCUUACCAGCUAUGUCUUCCAGCAUCUCACGGACCCACCACCAGCCGGUGUGGACGGGAGCGCGAGUAUGAUUGUGGAGCUUGCUGUGGGCAUCGCAGCAAACCUACCGCUCGAGAGUCGAGAUGUGGCGAUCCGCUACCCCGUACCGGAGGAUCUCAUACAGCCCGAGUUUAUGGACGUGGAAAAGACGGGGCUCCCACCUAUCGAAACCAGGCCGUCAGAUAGCGAUGGUGAGACCGACUCGAGAGGAGACGAUACCGGCAAGGAGAGCGGCGGGGAGAAGAGUAGCAGUAGCAAGGAGCGCAACAAGACCAGAGCCGCCCUGCCACCCAAGGACAGCAAUAAAGUGCGGUUCGCGGGCUUUCUGGCCGUCGAGGUGCGCGGCCGUCAGGUACUUGUCAAAGCGCCUGUCUGGACGCUCGGCUGAAGAGAAGUGGGGCAAAUUCUCACCACAUGCGUGCGAAGAUGCGUUCUCUCCCUCCAGGACUCGCCCCCCCGCCCCCCGCCCCCACCCGACGACUGCAGCGGGAACAUUGCCUUUUUCCAGUAAAUGCCAUGUCUUUGAAGCAUGUAAAAAAUCAGGGCCGCCUAACACAUUUGGAUUGCCUUGUCUGGAUGCUGGUGUCGUCGCGCCGCUGCGCCGCGUCUCCGAGUUUGCGGCCAGGAAAAUACCUGGAGAUGAUGCUGUGACGAACGAUGGGAUCCAGGCAGGGGGAAAAGAAAUCAACCCGUUUUAUUUUAUUCCCAGCAUAUCUUCGCUUCUUCCAAUCCUCCCCACCAGUAUGGGCUUCUCUCAUUUGGUAUUUGGCCCUUUGGAACCAGGCUUUGUUGUAUGUCAGGGGGAUGGAUGAUAUCAUAGAGGAGGGCCUGGAGAGCAUUUGCACAUUUUACGAUUCCAAAAGAACGUCAUGACCAAGAAAAGACUAUUGUAGUAGAGCUUGGGCCCCGUGGGCCGGGAGGGGAUUAUUUAAAGACCCAUUACGGACUUCUUAUUU